CCAGUUGGGAGAACAAAAUUACUACCCACAAAAAACAAAUCAAAUUAUCAUGAGGAAGCCGGAUCCUUCUGCCGGGAAGAGCAUUGGUGGCGGCGCCACCAAGCUCAGGAAGGGGUUGUGGUCGCCAGAGGAGGAUGACAAGCUCAUGAACUACAUGCUGAACAACGGUCAAGGUUGCUGGAGUGACGUGGCCAGAAAUGCUGGUCUGCUGCGGUGCGGGAAGAGCUGCCGUCUCCGGUGGAUUAAUUACCUCAGGCCUGACCUCAAGCGCGGCGCCUUCUCGCCCCAAGAGGAAGAGCUCAUCAUCCAUUUGCAUUCCAUUCUAGGCAACAGGUGGUCCCAAAUUGCGGCUCGUUUACCGGGGAGGACAGACAACGAAAUCAAAAACUUUUGGAAUUCAACCAUAAAGAAAAGGCUAAAGAAUUCAACCGUACCAUCACCAAACACGAGUGACUCAUCGUCGUCGGAGGCUAAAGAUCACCAGGCCAUCGUCGGCACCAGAGGUUUCGUGUCUAUGCAAGAACAAGGGUUCGUGCCCAUGUUCAUGCAAUCCACGGCCCUGAAUCGCGCUGGUACCGGAGAUGCCUCACCGAUGUUUCAUCAGCACGGCAUGAACAUGAUGUUUGGUUCCAAUGGGUACUUCAAUAUUCCGGUAGGUUCGAGCAUGGCACAUGUUGGGGUAACCGAUCGUUUCUAUGGGGAGAAUGGGGUGUUUGGAGGUGCUGAGAUGGGGAUAGACUAUGUCCCUCCUCUGGAGAGUAUAAGCAUUGAAGAACAAAACCCUAAAACUGAAAAUACAUAUGUUAACAACAAAAUUACCGAGAAUAUGACAGGGGCUGGGAAUUUUUGGGUAGGAGAAGAUGGGGAAUGGGACUUGGAGGAUUUGAUGAAGGAUGUCUCUUCCUUUCCCUUUGAUUUUUCAAGUUGAAUAACCUAGCUUUGUGGCUAAAUUACCCUCUUAACCCUUCCUUUUCCCCAAAAAAACAAUUCUACCUACAUAUAUACAACCUAGCCAUAGAAACCAUACAAAAGGAAAAUUUUAUAUGUUUUUUUUGAGUUAUAAAACUACCCUUGAGGCUUAGGUUUCUGGGUUUUAUGUGUUGGUUCCUUACAUAUGAUUGUCCCAUAUAUAGAUAAUUUUAGGAAGGUCUGCAGGAAUAAGAUGAAAUUCUUACAUUUCAUGCAUAUUUCUUAUGGAGCGGCAAAGGGUAUUUUGGUCAUUGACCAAAACUCGAUCAGAUAAAUCAAAUAACUGGGAUAUGCUUUUUGUGAAGAUCAUGUGGAAUAUAUACAAUGUAGAGAGGGACAUAAGGAGGUUAGUACAUAUUUUUUGGUAUAUAAAUGUUGUACUAGUAGUUAAUUAAUUCAGAUUUGGAAUCGAGAUGUACAUUUUAUCAAGAUUUAGACUCUCUUCCUGUCUCUCUCAAUAUCAAUGGAAUAUUUAGUUUUUUGGCUUUCAAUUUCCUGCUUCCAAAUCAAGCACUCCUUGGGAG